AAAAAAUCCUUUGCUACCAAUGGCAGAAAAUCGUAUGAAAGCAACGCAUUUCAGUCUUUCAGAUGAGUGUCUUGCAGCCGAGUGGUGUAUCUACCGACAGGAGGACGAAGCGACUUCAUCAGUAUGCUUCAGGGAGUUGGAGGGAGACGUCUCAUGCACGUUGUCAUUCGUCUCUUCUCUGUUCCUUCUUCCUUGUCGUGCUCAGAGAGAGAGAGAGAGAGAGAUGUACACGGUGGCGAGGAGGAGCUGAGGGAGGCGCGCAGGGCGGCGGCGGCGGCGAGGGAGGAGGCGUGGGAGGCCGAGCGGCGGGAGAGAGGCCAUCAGGCCAUGGGAAGUGUGCUCAGUGUCGAGUCAGACCGGCGGCGGCGGGAGGGCGAGCGGGAUCUGCUGCGCGCGAAGGUGGCGGCGCGGGAGGAGGAGCUGCGGGAGGCGCGCAUGGCGGCGGCGGCGAGGGAGGAGGCGUGGGAGGCAGAGCGGCGGGAGCGAGACGAGGAGGCCGCGCGGCUGCGGAGGCGGUUGCAGGAGGCGGAGGAGAAGAAGGCCACGGCGAGCGGCGGAGAAGAGGGGGAGAAGGAAAAAGCGGCGGCGGCGGCGGCGGCGCGGCCGGAAGAGGUGGCGGGGAAGUGGAAGCAGCUCUACGUCGCCAUCAAGACGGAGCUCGACGAGCUCAUCCAACGGACCCCACAAGGGGAGAGAUUUUACUUUGGAUCAGAACAAGGCAUGAUCGGGCGACUCCGAAAGGAGCUGAAGACAAAGGAAGACACAAUGGAAACCUUGAAGUCGCGUGUCAAGGCAAUGGAACAGGAGGCAUCAAAACGAGACCGAGAGAUUGAUAUCUUGAAGCAGAGCUUGAGAAUUCUAAGUAACAAUAAGAAGAGCCACGGCAGGAAGAACCAGAUUUAGGGACAGCGAAGAGGAAACAUUAGUUGCAUUAGGUUGAGUUCCGAAAACUACUACAAUUCUCGGUAUAAAAUGGAGAAUAGCGUUUGAUGAUUCAGGUCUUAUAUCGAUAAUAUGAUGCAGUACAUCCAUGUAGCUGAUUCAAACUGGUUGAAAUUACAACUUAUUCAUAUGU